AUGGCAGAAUCCUCUCCUGGUGACCAGGAGAUCUACUGCCUAUGCAGGGGGAUAUUCAGCGGUCAAGCUGCUGAGAUGAGAAACCCCAAGAAAAUUAAAAAUCUUUCGUUCGGGGAACGCAAGCUUGUCCUCAACUUGAAGAGACUACUCGAGGCCAGAAUCUUCGAGUCGGAUACACGGGCUAAGGCCGAGUUCCCGGCGCUUUUCCCUGCCUCGCCGCCUCAUUAUGAUACGCAGCCGGAAGAGUCCGAAGCAGAUGCUGCCGAUGCUGCAAAGGCGCGCUUGGACGAGCUUUCUGGGGGCGAGGACGUCAGCGAGACGGAGGAGAAAGAGAAAGAGGAUGUACGCGGAGAGACAAAGGCUCAGAGGCCAGGAGACACCGAGGCACCCGCCAACUCCUCUCAUGAUGCUAGUCCUGCUCCCAUCAAGUCAACAAGCGAAUUCAUCCCGGUGCCGUCCCUACAACCAUGUUAUCUCCCCUAUAACGCGCAACACGUCGUCCUCAACGCAACUCAACGAAUCCUCGAAGAAUGCUGCUUCGAUUUCGGAACCCGUUGGCUUCCCGACGCCAUUGCAGAGAGGGGCUGGGAAUGUGCCUCGGCGGCCGAACUGACACACUGGGGUCGCAUCUUCCAGAAGACAGGCCCCAGGCUCUCGGAGAUCUCUUCCGACGCUUUGAGCAUCGAAGCGUCUUCACUGCAAAAGGUGUAUAACCGGGCAAAAAGGCUGAGGAAUACCGCCGUGCACAGGGAGAAAAAGACGGGGCGGGGAACCGUUCAGUUACUUCACUCAGCCCAGAAGCUGGCCGAGGCGCUUCGAGAUUAUCCUCGCGCGGCACAACUCGAAGAGCUGAAAAGGGAGACGGAGGAAAAGAUCAACGAUAUGGAGUUCAGGAGCACCUUGCUCAAGCUUAGCACGAUUGUGAGACUGCAGGAAAUAAGUCAGCAACGGGAAGAGUUGGGCAGCCAACAACAGAAACUCAUUGACGAAAUGUUGAAGCAACACAGUGACAACAACCGUGUUAUAGGGCGUCUUCUUGAGGAUACCGUACAGCAAAUCUUGGAAAGAAGGACCAACUUGACCAAGUUGACCGAGACUGAGGAGGCUGCGGAGGCUGAGGACGCGGAGGGAGCUGAGGGAGCUGAGGGAGCUGAGGAAUCUGAGGAAUCUGAGGAACCUGAGGAACCUGAGGAACCUGAGGAGUCGUUCAAUAGGAUGAGCUUUGGGCAAUGCCUGGUACUCUGA